AUGGGAGACGAAGAUCCAAAUGAUACAGAGGUUCUCGACGAAGAACCUCGCAGUAUUUUAUUAGGGCUCAUCUCUCAAUUACGAAAAGGGAUGGAUUUACAUCGAGUUACUUUGCCAACCUUUGUUUUAGAACCGAGAAGUAUGUUAGAAAGAAUUACGGAUUUUAUGAGUCACCCUGAGCUCAUUUUAAGUGUCGCAAAACAAGAAGAUCCAGUAAUCCGAUUUGUAAGCGUUGUAAGAUAUUAUUUAUCAGGAUGGCAUAUAAAACCAAAGGGUGUCAAAAAACCAUAUAAUCCUGUUUUGGGUGAACAUUUUCGCGCAAAAUGGGUAUUUCCUGACAAAACAGAAGCUUUUUUUGUAUCUGAACAAGUUUCUCAUCACCCACCCAUUUCCGCUUAUUAUUAUGCAAGUCCGGAAAAUAAUUUGAUCAUUUCAGGAGAUAUAAGACCAAAAUCUAAAUUUUUAGGAAACAGUGCAGCAACUUUGAUGCAAGGUGAAUCUAAAAUAUAUUUUACAAACCGUUCUGGAGAAGUUUAUCGAAUUUCAAUGCCAAAUGUUUAUGCACGAGGGAUUCUUUUCGGAAGAAUGGUAAUGGAAUUAGGCGAUAAUUCUACUGUUAAAUGCGGAAAAAAUGAUUUAACAUGUGAAUUGGAAUUUCGAACAAAAGGGUUUUUUAGUGGUGCAUAUAAUUCAAUUUAUGGAAAGAUAAAACGCGAAUCAACGGGUGAGGUUCUUUAUGAAAUUACAGGAAAAUGGUCAGAAAUCAUAUAUAUCAAAGAUAUCCAGGAAGUAAGGAGGUUUUGUUCAAUGUACAUGAUUCAAAGAUACACCCUAAGAUUGUUAUGGUCAAAAGUUACAAGUGCUUUGAUAGGGAGAAAUUUGGAUCUUGCUACAGAUGAAAAAACAUUGAUUGAAGAUAAUCAACGCAAUGAGGCUAAGCUUAGAGAAAUAGAAGGGAUCGAUUGGAGAUCGAGAUAUUUUGUUAACGAAAAUAAUGAAUUUAAUUUUAAACAAAUACA